UGCUAAAGGUGUGUGAGAAUGUUGUCAGAAGGCAUUGCCUUGAAUUGACCUGCUCAGAUUGUAUAUUGUUUUACAAUGUUGAGCACCGGCUCCCUGCAGAGAAAGUUUCCAUUGCAUUCUGGCAGGCAAGCUGUGCCCCACAGCCCCGAGCUCUCUGCCAUCUGUUCCUGCUGAACUGACAUUGCCAGAGAUGCGAAAACAACGUUUAUUCACCCAGUCAGCUUGUGGCUGCUUGGAUGUAGAAGCAAGUUAGGAAUUAUGUUUUGGAAAAAAAAAAAUAAACAUACCAUGUAGAAACUGAAUCCCCCUUCAUUUAUAGAACCUGCACCUGUUGUGGGGUUUGUGGAGUUGCCUGGAAGACUCACCUGACAGGACUGGAAGUUCUCCAGAGAGGGGAGGAGAACAUGCGAGCAGCGGGGCAGACAGAGACUGCAACCUCUAUGAGAUGGUGAGAGCGUCAGGAAGAGGACAGGAUUCAUUGUUUCCUUUUCACUGAUCAAAAAAUGAACAUGUCAGCAAGAGUAGUGUUUGGAAAAGGGCACCUCACUCCCAAACAGCUCUCGUUCGCCUUUCCUCAGACAGAUUCCCUGAGGAAAGGCAGCCGGUCUGCAGGAGGAAAGAGGAGGAUGUUCUCUUUUUCUCUCAGGUGUCGACUGGGCAUCAUCAGAGGGAGAACUAAAGAUGAAGGGCCAUACUCAAAGGGGAACAAGGAGACAACUGACCAAUCACAUUCAUCCCGGAGGCGCAGCCUUUCAGCAGAGGACUAUCGAGGAGUGACCACGGUGGACCUGAUGAAAAGGGAAGGCAGCAGCCUAGGUCUCACUAUCUCCGGAGGCUCUGAUAAGGAUGGCAAGCCCAGAGUAUCAAACCUACGGCCAGGUGGGCUAGCUGCCAGGAGUGACCAGCUGAAUGUGGGCGACUACAUCAAGUCAGUAAAUGGCAUCAACCUGUCCAAGCUCCGGCACGAUGAGAUUAUCAGCCUGCUGAAGAACAUUGGGGAGCGAGUUGUACUGGAAGUGGAGUAUGAGCUGCCUCCAUUUGUCCAGACCCCCUCAGGAGUCAUACCCAAAACCAUAGAGGUGUGUUUACACAAGGAGGGAAACAGUUUCGGGUUCGUCAUGAGAGGGGGCUUUCAUGAAGACUGGCGGCGUUCACGUCCUUUGGUAGUUACCAGUGUCAGGCCCGGGGGUCCCGCUGACAGAGAAGGCACUUUGAAGGCCGGAGACCGAGUAUUAAGCAUAGACGGGAUGCCUUUGAACAGAGAGAGGCACGCCGACGCUUUGACCAUGCUGAUGCAGAGCGGCCAGGAAGCUCUGUUCUUGAUUGAGUAUGACGUCUCUGUCAUGGAGGCAGUCCAGCAGGCCUCUGGCCCUCUGCUGGUGGAGAUAGUAAAAGGUUCCUCAGCCAGCCUGGGGAUCAGCCUCACCACAACAACGUACAGGAGCAAGCAAGUUAUUAUUAUCGACAAGAUUAAGCCAGCCAGUGUUGUGGAAAGGUGCGGAGCGCUGCAUGCAGGGGAUGUCCUCCUGUCCAUAGACGGGACCAGCACGGAGCACUGUUCCCUGAUGGAAGCCACACAGCUGCUAGCCAGCACCUCUGAAAUAGUCAAAUUAGAGGUUCUUCCAGCCAAUCAGAGCAGACUUCCAAUCAGGCCACAAGACACAGUAAAAGUGCAGAAAAGCAACCAUCAUCACUGGGACCAAAGCAGCAACUAUUGCCAUCCCCCACAUGCCAGCCACAGUAAGACAUGGAGCAGCCCAAGCCACCCACACAACCAGCAGGACCACUGCAAAUCUCUGGUGAGUGGAGGCUUCUCCCCUUCCUCCACAGCCACCUCAGGCUUUAGCAGCCAGGGGAGUAACACGCUCCCUUGCCCCAUCCCUCCCAUCGCUCCUACCAGCCCUCGCGGUUCCACCGGCAAGAGGAGGAACAGGAAGAAGGACCACAAGAGCUCAUUAUCCCUGGCGUCCAGUUCCGUCGGCCCAGGGGGGCAGGUUUUUCAUGUGGAAACGAGCCAGAUAGUCCUGAGGGGGGAUCCGCUUACAGGUUUUGGGAUCCAGCUGCAGGGGGGUGUCUUUGCCACAGAAACACUGUCAGCUCCCCCGGUCAUCCGUUUUAUUGAGCCCGACAGCCCAGCUGAGAGGUGUGGGCUCUUGCAGGUUGGAGACAGAGUAUUGUCCAUCAAUGGGAUCCCGGCUGAAGAUGGUACUUUGGAGGAAGCUCAUCAGCUGCUCAGAGACUCUGCUCUGGCUAAUAAAGUCACAGUGGAGAUUGAGUUUGAUGUUGCAGAGUCUGUGGUUCCAAGCAGUGGCACCUUCCAUGUUAAACUACCCAAGCGAAGAGGCGUUGAGCUGGGCAUCACCAUCAGUGCAAGUAAGAAACCUGGAAAGCCCCUCAUCAUCUCUGACAUCAGAAAAGGAAGCAUCGCACACAGAACAGGCACUCUGGAGCCCGGAGACAGGCUGUUGGCUAUCGACUCUGUGCGUCUGGAGAACUGCUCCAUGGAGGAUGCUAUGCAUGUCUUGCAGCAGGCUGAGGAAAUGGUCAAGCUACGAAUCCAAAAGGAUGAGGACAACAUUGAUGAGUUGGAGAUGUCAGGAUCCAUAAUCUACACUGUUGAGCUGAAGCGGUAUAAUGGACCACUGGGUAUCACCAUUUCAGGCACAGAGGAGCCCUUUGACCCCAUUGUUAUCUCUGGCCUCACUAGGAAAGGUCUGGCUGAGAGGACUGGAGCCAUCCAUAUAGGUGACCGUGUCCUGGCCAUUAACGGGGUCAGCCUAAAAGGAAAGCCUCUCAGUGAGGCCAUCCACCUGCUGCAGAUGGCCGGGGAGGCCGUCACCCUCAAGAUCAAGAAACAAGCUGACCAGUCUGAGUAUCGGCAGCCUCCAGACCGAGAAGCUGGGUUUUUAAGCGACCCUGAGGAUGAACUGACAGAUUCACAGAAAACCAGUAAACACUCGGAGAUCUAUUCUGCCACUGUACCCAGUAUAGAUUCUGCUAUGAGCUCCUGGGAUAGCUCAGGGUUUGAUGCAGGCUACAUUAGCCAAGGGACAUAUCUGCACAAAGCUUCCGAUAUACUGCUAAAUCCACCUGCCUGGAGGCGCCCAAAGCACAGAGGACCUGCCCCUUCCAGCUCUGCAGGCCUAGUCCACCACUCAGGGCUGUAUGAUGGGAGAUUCACUGAGGAUGAGUGGGAUAAAAUACCAGGAUUCGUCAGCCCCCCUCGUUGCCGUGGCACCUUAAACAAGGAAGAAAGCUUCUGGUCCCAAGCACUGCAAGACCUCGAGACCUGCGGCCAGUCUGAGAUUCUCAGGGAGCUGGAGGCAUCUAUGACAGGCAGCACUCUUAGCCUGUACCUGGAGGAGACCAAGACUAAUGAAGAUGCAAUGUUUCACUCUGAAAUUAGUCCCAUAAAGAAAGGGGACGAAGCUAAAAACAAAAUCAGCUUAAACAUGUCAGCUGGAACCAGAGACAUAUCAUCCAGGGCCAAAGGGGAUGCAUCUGAAAUUUUGUCCCCUUCAGCAUUGGCACUACACAAGGUGUCCCUGAGGAAGCACCUUGAGAGCCAUGACUUUGGUUUCAGUGUAUCAGAUGGGCUCCUGGAAAAAGGAGUUUAUGUAAAUAUGAUUAGACCAGACGGCCCAGCUGACCAGGCGGGUUUGAAGCCUUUUGACCGCAUUCUUCAGGUGAAUCGUGUGAGGACCAGAGAUUUGGAUUGUUGUCUAACUGUGCCCCUAAUUAUGGAGGCCGGAGACCGCCUGGAUUUGGUCAUUAGCAGGAAUCCACUGGCAGAUGCAGAGCUGCUCAGCGACUGUGACGACCCCUCAAACUCACUGUUCUGCUUUGCCAACCACAGGACCAACAGCAUCGCCCUGUGAACACAAAGAUCGACACUGCAGCUCAGCAAUGCUUGGACCCCACACAUGGUUACGUGUAUCACGCUGUACCUCUGAGACAAACCUUCACACUCCUGUUCAGCCCACAGAGCAUCUACAGAAGGAACCACUCUACCUGACGGCAUCUCUCACUAAGUUACAAGCACAUGUGUUUACGUUUGCUGCUUUUAGCCACUACUGUGUUCAAAUGGAUUAGUUUAGAGGCGGCUGCAGCCUCAGACUCCCCCCACUCCCUCACCUCUUGCCCACCACCUCCUCACCAGAGGCAAAGCCGCAUUCAGGGUUAUAUAACACAGAAGUCAUAGCUUCUGAUGGGGCCAGGAUGUCAACAUGCAUGCCUCAGCUCUGGGGAGAAUCACAUGCUGUACACAUUCACUGCAUGAAUUUACUUUAUUUUGCUUUAAUCAGCUUCAUGUUCUCAUUGAUUUUAUUUAUUUUGUUCAUGUGUGUGUUUUGCGCACACAAUGUUUGGUAUGCACGUCAAACACUCAGACACACAGUUUGGACUGUAGGUUCGGGUCAUGUUGAACCUGUUUGUAUUUUAGUGAUGACUUGGCUCACUCCCUUCGUUUCUCCGAACAGACUGAAUGCUCUGACACUUGUCAACUAUCACUAACUACAUUUUACAUUUAGAAGGACACACUAACCUCUUUUUUUUUUUUUUUUUUUUUUAACUAUGCCAUUGAGUGAUGGGUUUUUGGUUCAAGAGAGACUUUAAUUGUUUUCCCCCCUCUGUUUAUGACUGACAUUUCCAAAGAUUUCAUUCUUUUAUUAUUUUGCACAUUUUUUUUUUUACACUGCUCCUAUAUCUGACCUAAAUUUGUUUUCUGUGGUGUGAAUUCAUUUUUUUUUUUCAUUUUUCAUUUUUACUGUAUGAGCUGGUCUUUGCAAAUAUGUUUAUUAAACAUGCAUCAGAUCUGUCUUCAGCAAUUUGCUCAGUGUUUGAUUCAGCAGGAUUUUUGUGAGGUCUCCCAUUUUUUAUUUUUUUCAUGACAUGCAGCAUGUUGUUUAAGGAAAUAGUUAUUUGGUAAGAAUUUUUCACGUGUUGGUUAAUGGGAGUAUGUUCUGCGAUAGCGGCACAGUCCUAUUUACAGUAGCCGCAGAAGCUAAUUGUUGGGAUGGUAACCCUUUGAUUUCCGACUUGGUGUUUGAUCAAAUAUCAUUGUAUACAGAGGACUAUUUUUAAGGUUUUAUAUUGAUUUAUUGUAUUGCAGCUGUAUUAUACAAAUGAAUCAUGUAUACAGUGUUUCUGAUUUACAUUAUAUGGACACUUGAUUUAUUGUCAUGUAAGCUGUGAUGCUGAAUGUGGUUGUGCCCUCCCAUCUCUUUGGUUUGUUUCCACAUCCUUUCCUAAUGACUAAUUUGGUUCAAAAGAGCCAUAAAGAUUUAUUAGAUAUUUUAUUUUUGUUAAUUUAUUAUCCAGUGAAAAUUGUAAAUAAUUCUUUCUAUGGCAAUAAAGUUACAAAAACCAUA